AUGAUGAUGACCGUGCCGUGGAGUCCUUCAUCCAACGAUAGACACCGCAGUCAUUGCGCCGGUGGACUCUGCCUUGGCACCAUCGACAGUAGCACGUUGUCCAACCUCACCACCGAGGAGCUCCGCGAGGAAUUCGCCACGGCUCCGUCCAAGCCUUCGCCGCAGACCAAGUUCGUCCUCGACGCGAUAGAGGAGACGGCUGCCACCACAGCAGCGGCCAUCAACGAGCUCCACGCCAACCUCGAUCUGCUUCAUGGCCGGCUCGCUUGUGUGGACACCACGCAGCAGCAGAUGGUCGUGCAUCUCGAUCUCAUCUCCACGGCGGUGCAGGACGGCGCCAAGCUGCACACGGAAGCGGCGCGCCAGCAGGCGACGAUGGAGGAGCGCCUCGCAGCCACCGUUAAAGCCCUGGAGCGCCUACGGGCGCGAUCCCAUUCUCGAGAGGAAGAUGACCCAGAUCCUGAUGAGGUCAUGGUCAUGGGCAAAGGACUCCUACAAAAGGCGCACGUCACCUGGACUGGGGACGCCGCGGGUGCUUCCUCAGCAGCAACCGGAGGGAGUACUGGAGGUGGCGAUAGUGGUUCUCCCCGAGAUGGCGGUGUGGGAGUUCUGGGCGGCGGUAGACCUGGAGGCGUUGGUGGCGGUGGUAUGGGUGGCGCUGGCGGCAGUAGAAACAUUCACAGUGCAGAUUCAUCAGCAAAACAUCAAUUGAAGAUGUCGUUUCCGCGGUUUGACGGUGAAAAUCCUCGCAUCUGGAAGGACAAGUGCCUCGAUUAUUUUCGGCUUUUCAAUGUCAAUCCCUCUCUCUGGCUAGUCUCGGCGACCUUGCACAUGGACGGGAAUGCCGCUCUCUGGCUGAAGGCUUAUCGGUUACGACAUGAGGUAAACACUUGGCCAGCACUAGUAGCAGCGGUGGAAGCAAAAUUUGGUGCAGAUGAUCAUCGGAAAUAUAUGAAACAAUUAUUAGCACUGAAACAGAAGGGUACAGUGGAAGAGUACCAAAUCCAGUUCGAGGAGCUAUCUUACCAGAUUGCAAUUCAGAAUCCAAAUUAUGACGAGCAGUUCUAUGUGUCUCAGUUUAUCAGGGGGCUGAAAACUGAAAUUCGAGCAACCGUUGAAGCACAGGUGCCUGAAACUGUCGAACGCGCCGGCCUUCUUGCGUUGGUACAACAGGAGGUACUCAACGAAUCCAAACCAUGGGCACAACGGCCACCAUAUCAGCCUCGUCAUGAACAAGUUGCUCAUCGUGCUGAACCAGCUCGUCCAGCUCUGAAAAUGGGAACUGGGGACUUCUGGAAGGAUAGGCAAUUGCGGGACUACAGAAGAGCUAACAAUUUGUGUUUUAAAUGUGGUGAGAAAUACGAUCCUACUCACCAGUGUGCUAGGAAACCUGCUGCAGAACUUCACGCCAUGACAACUGAAGAAACCUUAGUUACACCUGAACAACUGUCAGAAGAGGUUUUGAAUAUGAUGGAAAUGCAGGAUCUCGCGGAAGCUACACAAUUAAGCCUAUCUCUUAACGCACUAGCUGGGACUGAUUCUGACUCGGUGACAGUUAAACUGGCUAACAAUGAGGAAAUGACUUGCAAUCAGCUGGUGCCCAACCUGUCAUGGUGGAUCCAGGCUGAGACCUUUCAUACUCCAAUGCGAGUCCUUCCCUUAGGCGCAGAUGAUGCUAUAUUAGGUGUCGAUUGGCUGAAGAAGCACGGUCCAAUCAAAGGAGACUGGGUACCGAAGACCUUACGGGUCACAAACAUGGGGAAGAGAGUGACACUUCAAGUAGUGCAGCUACACCAGCAGCAGUGCAGAGCAGCAGUGCAGGCAGUACUGGAACAAUAUACAGAUGUUUUUGCAGAGCCUCAACAUUUGCCUCCCUCUCGUGCCUACGACCAUGCCAUUCCUCUUAAACCAGAUGCUACACCAUUCAACGCUCGCCCGUAUCGGUAUUCGCCAGAGCACAAAACUGAAAUUGAAAAGCAAGUGCGUCAAAUGCUCGCGGCAGGAAUCAUUACACCCAGCAUGUCACCGUUUGCCUCACCGGUGUUGCUGGUCCUCAAAAAGGAUGGCUCGUGGCGAUUUUGUAUUGAUUACAGGCGGCUCAACGAGAUCACUAUUAAAAAUGUGUUUCCAAUGCCGGUCAUCGACGAGCUUCUUGAUGAACUAGCAGGUUCCAAGGUUUUCUCCAAAUUGGAUUUGCGUGCCGGAUACCAUCAAAUCCGAAUGCGUCCUGAGGAUGAAGCUAAAACAGCGUUCAAAACUCAUCAGGGACAUUUUCAGUUUAAAGUGAUGCCGUUUGGCCUUUGCAAUGCACCAGCGACUUUCCAGUGUGUGAUGAACCAAGUUCUGGAGCCUUGCUUGCGUCGCUCAGUUCUCGUCUUCAUGGACGAUAUACUGGUUUACAGUCCAUCCGCGGAAGCUCACAUUACUCAUUUGGCAGAGGUCCUCGAACUGCUUCGCCAGGCCAAACUGUUCGUCAAAACAAGUAAAUGCUCUUUUGCCUGUGAUAGUCUUGAGUACCUAGGACACAUUAUUUCCGCAGAGGGCGUUUCCACUGACCCCAAGAAAACUCAAGCCAUGGUAGACUGGCCGCAACCCAGCACAGUGACAGAGCUUCGGGGUUUCUUAGGCCUAACAGGCUAUUACCGUAAAUUUGUGCGCAAUUACGGCAUCAUAGCAAAGCCUCUGACCAACCUCCUGAAGAAAAAAAGGGUUUGA